UUGGCCGUGCCCGGCUGUCCCGCAGGACGCUGCUGCCAUGGAGAGCGCGGUGGAGAUCGGAGCCGAGCCCGCGGCUCCCGGCGGCGCCCAAAGCUCCGGGAUGCAGCUCCGCAGGGAUCUGAGGAGGAUGCGCUGGGCUCUGCUGCUGUGCCUGCUGGCCGUGCUGCUGCUGCUGCUGCCCACAGCCUACCUGCUGCUCGGGAACCUGCGAGCGCCCGGCUCCUGCGGCAGCCAGGUCACAGAGGAUGGGGGCUCUCGCUUUCUGAAGCAACGAGCAGUAGCUGCUGUUACGAACACACUCUCCAGUGCAGAGAAGCCACGAGCUCACCUGACAGUGAAGAAGCAGGACCUGGCCAGCGCCGUGGGGAGCCACAUGCCCAUCCUGCAAUGGGAAGACAAGCGAGGCCUGGCCUUCACCAAGAACAACCUGAGUUAUUCCAGCAACGCUCUGGUGAUUCCUGUGUCUGGGGACUACUACGUGUACGCUCAGGUCACCUUCCGAGGGCCCGUCGAGAGCAGCCACAAGCCCAGCUCUGUCACUGAGAUCAUCACCAAGGUCACUGACAGCUACCCCGAGCCCACCCAGCUGCUGAUGGGCACCAAGACCCUCAGUGAGAACAGCAAUGGUUGGUUCCAGCCCAUUUAUCUGGGCGCUGUUGUCUCCUUGGAGGUGGGAGACAAGCUGAUGGUCAACGUGAGUGACAUCAAGCUGGUGGAUUACACCAAGGAGCACAAAACUUUCUUUGGGGCCUUUCUGCUGUAGGACUCUGUCAGCAGCUGGUGGGGGAUCCCUCCAGGGCCAGC